UAUGUUAUAACCAUACAGAGGAAGUAGUCAACCACCUCGAUCAAAUCAGAUCUAAAACUAUGUAUUAAGUGAUUUAUAAAUAAAGUCUCGCUAGAACAAUUAAUAAAUGGCUCCGUUUAAUAUGUUUUAAGAAUUUGAUUCUAUGUCUAACAAGAUGAUGCAACAUAUGGAUCGUUAAUUGGCUAACUUAGGAUUUGGAUCUGUUUUUAAAGGCUUUGAUGACUUAGAAAAUGAAAUGAUGGAAUUCUCGAAUCUUCACAGACAUAUGACAGGUUUAAAUUAAAGAGAUGUUAACUAACAUUCAAAGGAUGGAGUAUUUUAGGUAUACUCAUCUAGUUAUGUUUAAUCAUCUAAAAUGGGAUAGGAUGGACGAGUUAUUUAAGAAAAAUAUUUCGAUAAUAAUGCUGUGGCUAGAGGUGUUAAUGGUCAUACUGUAUAUUGAUAUAAUUUAAAUUAGAUAAGUGAAAGAUAAUAAGGAUAUAAGAAUAGUGAUGGAAUAGAUAGAUUUGGACAUGAAAGAAUGAUGAAUGAUAAAGGCAGAAAGCAUGUAAGAGAAAGAGAUAGAACAGGUUAAAUAACUACUACAAAUCAUUAUUUAAACAUGGAUGAAAAUUAAGUUGAAUAAUUUGAAAAUGAAUGGUUGGGAAUGGGAAGAAAUUUAGGAAUAAAUGGACCCUCAGGAGGUCUAAGAGCAUUGUAAGGCUAAUCAAAUAUGAGAGAUCUUAAUAAUCAUCCUUUCCCAAGAGAACAAAUCACUUAUGGUGCUCCUAGUUAUCCUAGAAACAGUAAUAUAUUAUAAUAGAAUAAAAUUAGAUGAUAUCUAACCAAUUAUGUUGGGAAAUAAUAAUAGUAGUUAUAAUAACAAUCCAACUCGAUUGGCUUUACCCUAACAAUAAUAAUAAAUAACUCGAUCUGCCGUUUAAUAACCUGGAAUACAAAGUAGAGUUCCACAAUAAUAACAACCUGUUAGGGCUUUACCUCCAAGAAAACAAGAGAUUACUGGAGUAUAUCAAAAUAAAGGUGCUAGAAAUCAACAUCCUCAAGCUGGAUGAA